AUGCUGCAGGUGGGGCUCAACCUGCCCGGCUCCCCCGGGGGGGCGGCCGGGGGCUUCCCCAGGGCCGAGCGGGCCGGGGGCGAGGACACGGGCACCGGGCGAGAGGAGCUGGGCUCAUCUCCAGUCACCAUCGUGGUCACAUCCGAGGCUGACACCUGGGACACCGACGCCUCCUCCUGCCCGGGCUGUGGACAGUUCGUGGACUGGGACAGGAUGCCGGACCCGCAGCGGCCGGCACAGAUCCCCCAGGACAUCCUGAGCAAGCCCCAGAAGGAGCUGAAGAAGCUGGCGAGGGAAGGCUGCUGGGCCACGAGCCACGCCCUCAGGGCUCGGCUCUACCACCAGCUCAUCCAGCAGGUCUCCUGCCGGCUCAUCACCCCAGACGCUGUCGUCUACAGGGACGUGGCGAGCCGGCUCUUCGGGAAGCCCGGCGCGAGCUCCCACCCUCUGCCGGAGUUCCUGGAGGGAUGCCCCAUGCCCACCUACUGCCUCAACCCAGAAGGGGUCGCUGCCCUGAAGAAGAUCCUCAUCUGUGUUGGCAACCUCUUCCCUGACAUAACCUACAGCCCGAUCCUGCCCUCCCUGGUGGCUCUGCUGCUGCACUACAGCGAGGACGAAGCUCAGUGCUUCGAGAGCAUCUCUCGCCUCCUCGCCAGCAACGCUCCCCACACCAGCUACAUCGACCAGUCCUUCCUGGCCCACCAGGCCUCCUGCAUGACAUUUGGGGACCUGGCCAACAAGCACUGUCCAGCAGCUCACAAACUCAUAGCCAGCGCCUCCGAGAACGUCUUUGAGGUCUACUCGGAGUGGUUGUCGUGGCUCUUCCACGACCUGCCCUUCGCUUACGCCGUCCGUGUGCUGGACGUGUUCCUGCUGGAGGGGCAGAAGGUCCUGUACCGCAUCGCCCUGGCCCUGCUGAGGCAGUUCAGGCUCUCGGGGAGCUCGGCCGAGCCGGAGGGCUCUGACAUCAAGGCGGACCUGCAGGCUUUCGUGCAGAACAUUGCCGAGCACGUCACUGUCGACAAACUCCUGGAGAGAGCCUUUGGCAUCCGGCUGUUCUCCCGCAAGGAAAUCUGGCUCCUCCAGAUGGCCAACAGGAAGGCGUUAAUGGAGAGGGGCAUAACCAUGGUGCAGAGCAGGCAGCCCUUCCACCUGGCCGUGGACAUGCAGAACUUCAGCUCCAGCAUCGUCACCGCUCAGGAGAUGCGCCUCGUCUGGUCCUGGAUCCCCGAGCGCUUCUCCCUCUUCCCCCCCCUGCUGCUCUUCUCCACCUCCCAGGAUGGGUGCAGCCUGCAGAGGUUUUACACGUGCUGUGAGGGCUACGAACCGACCGUGCUGCUCAUCAGAACCACCGAGGGGGAGGUGUGUGGGGCAUUUCUCUCCUCUGACUGGAGUGAAAGGAAGAAGAGUGGGGCAGCAUCAGCCUUUUUUGGGACAGGGGAGUGCUUUGUGUUCACUGUGCGCCCCGAGGCAGAGAGGUACGAGUGGGUGUUCAUCAAGCAGCCGGAGCUGGCCAAGGCUGUGCCGCGCUCCCGCCAGCGCUCGCCUUCCCCCUCUCCCGACUCCCGGCUCGGCUCCUGCCCGGGCAGCCCCAGCUCCAGCUCCAAUCGCCUCACCGUGCCCACGCCGCCCAGGAAAGGCCGCCUGUCCCCGUUCCUGGCCGUCAGGCAUUUCCUCCUGCCUUCCAAAACAGCCUCCAUGUUCAUGUCCGGCUCACGGGAAGGGAUCGUUAUCGGUGGAGGGGGAGGCCAAGCCCUGUCCCUCGACGCCGACCUGCUCUGGGGGCACACGGGGCACUGCGAGACCUUCGACAACCCCCCGCUCUGCCAGGAGGACUUCAAGGUGCAGCUCUUGGAAGUGUGGGGCUUCCAGAGCGCGUAGGUCCCGUGGGGGACGGAGCCCCUCGUGUGCUGCCCACGGACACGGGGACCUCUCCCCGUGCUGGGCACCCCCGGCCGGCCUGGGGCCGUCUCUGCUGCAGCUCCACUCUCCAUCCCCCCUCCACCAUCAGCCACCGCGGUGCUGUGGAGAGAGGGCAAAGCAGAGCCAGGAACGGCACCGCGGGCGCUGCCUUUGGGGACACUCGGGGUCCCUUCUGCAGUUUAGACCCAGCCUGCUCCACCCAGUCUGGCCCAGUUUAGGAAGCUGGAGGGGAGGGCAGCCAGUCUGGUGCUUCUCACACCUCCCUGGCCUGUUUGCAGCUUGGGGCUCAGCAAACCAGUGGCACCACAGCAUGGGCAGGUUUUGUAGGAAUUGAGCCCAGG